CUUCCAAGCAUGGCCCUCAUGUUGAAGAGGAGUCAUCAAGAAAGCCUUUAUCUAAAUCUUCAAAGGCAAUGGCUGCGUUACGCAAGAUUGUUCUAGACCCAAAAUGGCUCAGCAACCUGCACUUCUAUGUUCGAUUCAGGCAUACAGAGGAAUUGGAAAAUUUCAACAGUAUGAUGACCAAGUAUGCACCAAAGAGAAUGGCAUUUGAGUAUGUGUUAGUUCAAAGUAAAAUCUCAUCAGACUUUUUGGCAGCCAUUGACCACAAUUUUCACCUAUUCCGAAAGCCCAAGCAGAGCAAAGAGGGAGACCUUGUGGGGCAUAGGAAAUACUCCAAAAGAACACAACGAUAUCAUGCUGAGGUUGUGAAAAAAGACAAGGCCUAUGCAUAUUUUCCUUACAUGGUGGCAAGGAUGCUACACACAGAGAGAGGGUUUCAAGGCAGUUUUUCUGCUAAGAAUGAUGUUGUUGAAUUUGACCCCAAACAGAUCGCACCAACACUUGCCAUGAAGGCCACACCAUCGACAGAAGAGCUGAUGAAAGCACCUUCAAGGUUUUCAUUGAAACCCAAAGUCAAUGGAAACAUCCAGGAGUGAUUUAGUUUUAAUUUCGCAAGUACAGUGAAACUUUUUUAGAGCUUAAUAACACCAUAAAUAAUAAGUGAGCCCUGCAGCGGUUAAUUGUGGGGAUAUUUUGUUAGUCUUGGGGUGGCACUUUUUAGGUAUUCGAGAUUUUUUCGGAUGAAAAAGUGAGGAUUUCUUUUUGCCAUUUUGGAUACCUGAAGUUUUUUCAAAUUUUCCCAUGUUCUCUGUUGGUGUUCAUGUCAACAGUGUUUCAUUGCAUGUCACUUUAUCAUAACUCCCUUAAAAGAUUUACCCCUCUUCACUUCAGAUUAUAUCAUGCAGUUUAUUUCAUUUUCAGUAAGCAAAGUUCCUUUUCUUCUUUCCUUUGUACAAUAAAUUGAUUAAUGUUGCUUCUUCUGAAAAUCAAUUUCCAUGAUAGUAUAUAUGUUAUAUAGACAAAUGUAGCACAGGCGUCCUGGAUGCAAAAGUGUUAUGUUACUCUCAAGGAUGAAAACUGAGUUCAUUAGUGUACCAACAACUCUUUUUCCAUACAAAAUGGUGAUUGAGCAUUAUUUUGGUAUGAGUCCUCUUGUAAUUUUUAUUGACAAAUUUCAAAUAGAACUCAUUGUAACCCAUUUUUGGAGAACAGAGUUUCCCCCUUCACUAUGUAGUUUAGGAAGGGAGCAUAUGUCAAUUAACACAGAAAGAACUAUAUUUUCAUGAACAUUUCUUUUUUCUGGUGCUCUUUGUUCUAACAAGAUUUUCUUUAGAGGUGUUGGGUCAGGACAGUUUUAAUUUUUUGGGCUCAGAGUAGUGACCACAAUGCUUUGCUAGCCAUUGCUGGUAAUCCCACUGGUAAAUUGUCCAAAAUUUAACAAAGAACAAAACUACACAUUGUGUCGAUAGGUCAUGCAGAUGGACCUUGGUAAUGUAAAAUAUGCAAAUGAGAUGACUGAUGAUGUCAUGUCAUACACCCAAUGUUAUAUCAAGUAUAUAAAUAGAGUUAUCUCGGUCAAUUUGCUGCCGAAACCAUUGAAACUUGGCAGGCUAAUAGUU